CGAACGUAGCGCUCCUCCCCCAGCGCCAGGGUGACAGACAGGCGGGGCGUAUGGGGGGCGGUGGAAGGACGGCGGGUCGCGGGCGCACGGAGCUGCCGGUACCGGCUUACCUACCGACGCGUCCUUGCCACCCGCACCCCGCGUCCCCCUCGCUGUCUCGCCAUGGCGGCCGUUGCCGCGGGGCUCCGUGCCUCCUACCACCGCUUGCUCGACCGCAUCGAGCUUAUGUUGCCGGCGCGGUUCCGGCCCUUUUACAACCAUCCAGCAGGUCCCAAAACCGUGUUUUUCUGGGCACCUGUUAUGAAAUGGGGUUUGGUAGGUGCUGGAUUGGCUGAUAUGGCUAGACCAGCAGAAAAGCUCAGCACAGCACAGUCUGCAGUACUGAUGGCCACAGGCCUUAUUUGGUCAAGGUACUCUCUAGUUAUUAUUCCAAAAAACUGGAGUCUGUUUGCUGUGAACUUCUUUGUUGGCUGUGCUGGUGGCUCUCAGCUUUUCCGAAUAUGGAGGUAUAACCAGGAGCUAAAGGCAAAACAACAAGAGCAGCUGCAGCAAUAGAUCAAACCCAGCAAGGCUCAAUCCCCUCCCCGUGGGACCUAGCCUCACUAAUUUUAAUGCUUUUCUCUCUGAUGAAAUGAAAGAGGAAAUCUCAGUGUUCAGAGAACAAGUCUUUUCUAACUGCAAAUAACAGAGUGUCUCUAUACAUUUAAAUAAAGUACAACCUUUUCAACUGAAACAAAA